AUGGCUCCACGCGAGGAACUGAUUGCCUCAGCUAUUACCUUCCUCCAGGACCCAUCGGUUGCAUCUUCGCCCAUUGAAAAGAGAGUCUCGUUCCUUCAAUCUAAGAACUUGACUCAAGAGGAAGUGGACAUUGCCUUAUCGCGAGUGGGCGAAGACCCGUCUGCCGCGGCCGCAGCUACAGCUUCGGCAUCCCCAGCACCUAGUUACUCUUCACAGCCAGUUCCUUACCGGCAACCACAACCGCCUCAAGGAUAUGGCUAUCCCCCAUAUAAUCAAUGGCAGCCGCCUCCCGAGCCACCCAAGAGAGAUUGGCGUGACUGGUUUAUUAUGGCGACAGUCGUGGGUGGAGUUGGUUAUGGGUUGUAUACCGUCACAAAGCGUUAUAUUGCACCUUUGAUCGCCCCACCGACCCCUCCCCAGCUGGAGCAAGAUAAAGAAAACAUCGAUGAGCAGUUCUCACGCGCAUUUACUCUGAUCGAACAACUAUCGACCGACACUGCUGCAUUGAAGACCGCCGAGGAAGCCCGUACCGAGCGCCUGGAUGGGGCUCUCAAGGACGUGGAGAAUCUUGUUACUGAUCUCAAAAGCUCAUCCCGCCGAAGGGAUGAUGAGACUCGUCGCAUUAGUGACGAGGUGAAGUCAUUGAAGGAUGCCAUUCCCAAGGCCCUUGAAGGUGCCAGGGAAGGCAAUGAGAACCGACUGAAGGAGCUCGGAACUGAGCUCAAGAGCUUGAAGACCUUGCUGGGCAAUCGACUUGGUGGUAGCGGAGCUACCCCGUUGCUGACCCCCGCCACUUCGGCUCCUCCUGCCGCCACCAACAGCUUGGCUGCUACUGUGACUCCAGCUGAACAGGAGCCAACUCCAGCUGCUGCCCCCGUGAGCACAAGCCAGAGUCCUAACCCUCUCUCGCAGCUCGGUCGGUCUGCCUCCAUCCCGGCGUGGCAAAUGGCCGCGGCCAACCGGUCUAAGGUCAACUCGCAGCAAAGUACACCUGCUACCCCUGCUGAGACCACCGCUAGCCCGAGCCUGGAGCAGAGUGCUCCUCCCAGCUAA